AUGAGGCUCAACGCCAUCAUCCUCGUUACUGGUCUUCUAGCUUUUGCAAAUGCUGAUCUAGUCGCCCGCAAGGACAUUGAUUACAACAAAGGCGCUCCCGAUUCACACGGCGUUAUUGGCAAGGCUGGUGACGACGCAUGCGUAGCACUGGGCUGUGACGCCAGCUUGCCAGCUUGCCUCGAGCAGUGCGCGCCAGGAUUGCAUUGCGAAGAUUAUUGCGCGUGGUACUUGCACUCUAACCCAGAAUCAAUCUGUCGUCAACAGGGAUGCGUCAAGGCUCCUCAAGACUGCGACAAGUGGGAGCUUACUGAAUGUGACACAGCAUCUGCUGGUUCCGCGAUCGCCGAUUCAGAUAGCAUUGCUGUGGGCGACCAACAGUCUCCUCCGAUCGACCAUUGUCAAGUCUGCCGGGCCGCUGUCUACACGUGUGGACAGAACUGCCGCGCUGUCACAAGUGCUCGACUACCACCUGUUCUACCACUGCUCAAGCAGCAGACACCAAUGACUCCGAGUCACCCCCAAUCGACCAUUGCCAAGUCUGCCGGUCCGCUAUCUACGCCUGUCAACAAAACUGCAAUGGUGACCAGGCAUGCAAGACAGCGUGCCUAUGUCCUAGCACUGAGCGGGAAAGCUGCAGCAAGUGUCAGUCCUUCAAUUGUCCGAGCUCUUAGAGUCAGGCGGCCGUCGAUAUUCCUUCGUUAUGAGCGGCCAUUGGAGCACCUCGUUUAG